GUCGUAUUGCCGACGCAUUGAGAUUGGUUUUUUUGUGUGCGGCAAAUUGCUAGCUGCUAAAUGUAAUGCAAAAAUCAGCAGAUUAAAUGUAAAAAUAUCAACAAUAAAUAAGAAAUCCAAUGUAUUCAUAAGGAAUGUGAUCUAACACUUAUGGACGACAACAACAAAAACAACGUGGACUUUAAUUACGCGUGAACAGUUGGCAGAAAAUCAUCUAAAAGAAAUUGUUGCACAUCGCACAACAAAAACAACAACAACAACAAAGAGACGAGACAGAGAAAAGCGAAUGGGAGAAAACGCAGUGCAUGAUUCGUUGGUUCGCUAAGAGCAGCAAAAGCGUGAAAUCGUAAACGAGCAUCAAAGCGGAAGCUGAAAAACUAAAACAAAAACUAUUUUCUACCAAAGUGAACUUAUGCUGCUCUCUUCUAGUAUGUAUAAGCAGUAAAUCGACGCCCUGUGAAGUUUGCCUGCCACAUGGAUAGCAGUGACGACGACGACAGCGCCAAGUCGAUACCGCGUCCCAUCUAUGAAGCCACGUCCGCCAUUGACAGCCCCCCGCCGCAUCUUCUGCUGUCGUCGGCUGGCCAUGACAUGGAACAACAAGCUGCGCCUCUCAAGCGUUCGAAGUAUGUGGUCAGUUCGCCACCUGGUUCCGCUAACGGCGGCAGCAACUCGUCCAGCUCGAAUGCUUGGCCAGCGGCAACGACAACAGCUGCUGUUGUUGGCCAUGCCUCCCUUACCAUGAAGAUCACCAAGGUCUCCACGACGCCACAACCACAACAACAACAGAUGAGUGAACUGAAACCCGCUAACACAUCGACGCCCAAGGACAGGCGAGUGCCCAAGGAGAUGAUUGCAUUGCAGCGUUCACACAAUGAGUCCAAGGUGCUCACCGGCUACGUGUCCGAUGGAUUGAAGCUCAAGCGACGCAAGUCUCGAGCAGUUGCCGCACAGCUCAUAAAGCAGUCGGUAGGCGGACUUUCGAAUACACUGCCCGCCGAAGCGGAGAGUCCAGAGCGAGCCGGCAGGAUGAAGAUGGCGUUAAAGCGCAGCAAGAGCAUUCCGGCACCAAUGUGCGAUUCGGAUACGGAGUGGCAAGAAGAUUCAGAGUUGAAGAAGGUGGGCAAGAAGAAGACGCUGAAAAAGAAACGCAACUAUUCGGUGGCCUACGACGAUAUGGGCUACUGUGUACUGGGCCGCGACCAGCUGAGUGUGAGCGAGGAAAGCAAUAGUAAUCCGGCCAGGCGCAGCUUUGUAGAUGGCAUAAGAGAACGUUUUCGCAGUCGUAGCAAAACCGUUUCGCGCAGCAGCGAGGAGCAUCAACCACGUCGCGGCAAUCUGCGCUCCGAGAACGAGGAAUUUGCUCGGAAACAUAACGCGUUUCUCGAUCGAGUGAUCAACGAUACUUUAGAUGGACCAGCGACGCAGCUGGCGGAAGCGGAUAGCGUCGAAAGACGCACCAGUUCAACGGCUGACACGGACGCCAACAUCUCCAUGUAUUCGGACAUCAGUGAGGCGAAGACACAGAAUGCCAGCGAAGAGAUUGAGCAGCGACUCGACGAACGUUGGCAGCCGCCACCCAGAGUUGGCUGGGAUCCGUUCUGCUGGAAAUGUCGCGACUGCGGCAAACUGAUGCCAUGCUCCAAAUGCCUGCGUUCCUAUCACUCAUUUUGUGUGCGUCCUGCAUCGACAAAGUUCGAUGACACCUGGAAGUGUCCGGAGUGUGUGCUCAUCGAAAGCGCCCCCAAGCGGUCACGACGUAGCGACGUAUCCGGGGAUCUGCUCAGCCAACUGCUCUCCUUUGCGCUUGAGCGCAUGAAACUUGUGCGUGGGGUUCACAAACUGCGAGCGCCGCAGGAAGUGCUGCCGGAAAACUACAAAAAAUUCUUUGCGAAUCCGGUGAGCUUCGAAAGUUUAUCCGAGCGCAUCAAGAGUCGCGCCUUUAACAGCUCCGAUGAGUUUCUCAGCGAGGUCAAGUGGAUACAGCACAAUACCCUCAUUUUGGACACUGGUGAUGUGAAGGCAGAACAAGCCUCCAAAGCGGUGGUGAAGAUUUGUCGACAGGAGGCCAAUGAGAUUGAUACGUGCGCAGAGUGCUAUUUGAAUGCCAACUCGAGUGAUGAAUGGUUCGUCAAGGUGUGCACACAUCCGCAUCUGUUACUCUGGGCCAAGCUGAAAGGCUUUCCCUAUUGGCCAGCCAAGGCUAUGGGCAAUGGCCCUAAUGCUGUGGUCAAUGUGCGAUUCUUUGGCAAACACGAUCGUGCCAAUGUGCCGGUGAAGGAUUGCUUUUUGUAUUGUGCCCAGGAUCCUAAUACACAGACAAGUCGCCGGUCGGCGCGAGAUUUGGCCGAAUGCAUUCGCGAGGUGGAAGUACACAUUGAACAUAUCAAGAGUAAAAUUGGCAGCUUUAAUUAUGCACCCUAUCGCAAACCCUAUGAUCCGCUAGAAGAGCAACAGCAAUUGGAGGAAAUGAUGCCUGGCGUCACCGAUGAUCUGAACAAACAUUUGGAACCGGCCAACAAGACGCCACUGCAGUUUCUCAUUCGAAAGACUGCUGGCGACAAGCUCUCCAUUGUCAAGAAGACAAAGGCAACCGAGUCGGGUAAUGAAUCAGAUCCAUCUGGUAGUCCCAUCAAGAAAUCCACCCAGGAAACUGAGUCACCGCCACCGCCACCAUCGCAAGUAGCUACCAGUGAGUCACCCAAGCCCAAGAGCAGCAACUAUGAGGUUAUACCAAGAGUUGGCGAUGCACUAAGAGAGUCUCGCGGUUGCACAGUGGUGCUGAAACGCAAAUCCCUCGGAACAUGCAAGACCUCAGCCAAGCUGAUGUGCUUGCCCUCCUCAGACAUUAUUGCAACCAGCAGCAUCAAGCGCAAACAUUCCCAGAGCGAUGCCAGCAGCGAGACGAGUCAACAGGGCCUAACAAUGGAGCACAAGCGACGUACUAAGCAUGCCAGAAAGCAGGUGCAAGAGGAUUCGGCAGCUGUGGAACCAGAAGAGCUUGCCAAACAACCUAAAGAUGAAAAAGAGUCCGACACGGAGUCCCAAAAACCAGACGUGGAACAAGCAGCUGCUGAACAAACUCAAAAUGAAGCCAGUCCUGCAGUUGUCUCGGUGGUAGAGUUGGUUAGACGACGUCAAGGUGUGACCAUAACGAAGAUUCCUCGCGAGCAGCAACAAGCGGCAACAAUUGCAACAGCAGCAGAAACAUCACCAGUUGCUACAGCAACCACAUUAUUAACAGCGCCCCCACCAUCAGCAGGAGUAACAGCAUCUCCAGCAACAGCAGCUACAUCAACAUCAUCUCCAAGAGUAGCAACAUCGAAGCCAGUGGAACCAACUUUGGAUGAAACGGUAGCCAAGCAGCGUGCUGUGGAGCGACAACAGCAACAGCUCAUAAGCAAAGUUGUACCCUUUGUGGAGAUCAAAAAAGAAGUCUUAUCAGAGGCAGAAGAUAGCGAGGAAACAACUCCGGCAACAGAACCAUUAUCGGCCACAGAGGAAUUACAGCAAGCGAUGCAGCAACGAGCACUGCAACUGGAGCAGCAGCAACAAGCACUGCAACUGGAGCAGCAGCAACAAGCACUGAAACUGCAGCAGCAGCAACAAGCACUGCAACUGCAGCAGCAACAGCAACAAGCACUGCAAUUGCAGCAGCAACAGCAACAAGCACUGCAGCUGGUGCAGCAACAGCAACCUGAGCCUGCAACAUCAACAGUUCCUGAAGCAAAUGCGGAACCUGUGGCCACAGAACCAACGGAGCGCGCAAAGUCUGCUUCAUCGACAGCAGCUGCGCCAACUGAAGCUGCAAGUGAAGUUCCCGCUGGCAUUAAGAUAAAGGAGGAAGUGCUAAGCGAAGAUGAAAUGGAAACGGAACAAGGUGCAUACAGCAGAAAUGCACCAACGAUGCCGCCACCGCCAUUGCCCAACCGUGCUGAGGCAGCCUCAACUGUUUCCAACGCCGCUGGCGAUAGUUUCGUGUGCUUUGUAGGUGACACAACCAUUCAACGAUUGAGCCAGAAGCAGUCGCCAAAAUCGUCAGAGUCAAGCAAGCGCAAUGCCUUGCGCGGUGUGCCACAUGGUCCAUUGCCUGCCUCAGCGAUGUCGCCCUCACAGACACCACCUUCAGCUUCACCAUCGCCAUCGCCGUCGUCGUCUCCCUCGCCAAAGCAGGCAAACAAUAGUCAACGACCCACACCGCAAGCAUCGCCCAAGACGCAAUCACAGAAAUCGCCAGUGGCACAACAGCUUCGUGUGAAGAGCGACAAAUGCCUGGGCUCCACAACAUCGCCACCUCCACCGCCACCACAGUCAGCCACAACAAGUCUGCUAAAGUCAAAUAUGGUGGUCAUACCCAUGGAACCGCGCAGCAGCAAUGGCGGCAACAGCAACUGUCUCAGCAGCAGUGCUGGCAGCAGCAGCAAUCUCAGCAAUUCCAAUCUCAUGACAAUACCUGUACCGCCCCUGCGUGCGGUAUCCAAGAAUACCCUGCAGACGACAGCAGCAAUGCCAACGGUUCCUUUACCACCACCAGCGCCAGCUCCGCCGCCUGCGUAUGCGAACAACGCGUUGCUACCGCCGCCGCUGGCCGGACUCACCACAUCGACGCCAACGACGGCGCCUGCAGCCACGAUAAGAACUGCAGCAAAUGCUGAACCUGGUGGUUUGUUAGCCAGUGCUCUAAAUGGUUUACCCAGUGAUACAUUGGUAAGCGAGUCGCCGGUAUGUGAGCCCAUAACGCCAGGCGUGGCCACCGCUUUCAGUGAGCUGGUGCUGCGCUCUGGUCCGCCCAAGCUGACGGCACGUCCCACAGGUCCGCUGCAAUCCGACGGCUCCAACAUCUAUCCGUCCCAAUCUGGACCACUUUCGACGCGUCUAAAGGAGAAUGCGCACAAGAUCACAGACUACUUCAUUUCCGUCAUCGAAGACACGUUGAGUGAUUUGGCUGGCGGUGAACCAAGUGUGCUGCAGGCACGCAUCGCUGGCUUGACAUUGGAAAACGAGCGCAUCAAGCAACACUACGAGCGUCAAUUAGCUGAUAUGCAACGUUCCACGGAUCUGAUGAUUUCCGAGAUGCGCAAGACCAUCGAGCAAGAGAACAAGCGUGUGCUCAGUGAGCUGCGUCAGCAGAGCACGCUCGAACGCAUGCGUGCUGUGGAAGAUGCCAAAAAGAAGCAAUGGUGCGCCAAUUGCAUGCGUGAGGCUCAACUCUAUUGCUGCUGGAAUACCUCCUAUUGUGACUAUCCCUGCCAGCAAAUGCACUGGCAACGUCAUUCGGCCAGCUGUGGCCAAGCGGCCACGUUGCAAGCGCAGUCCACGGCUCAGCAGCAACAACAACAGCAGCAGCAAUCGCAGGUGCCGCCAUCGAUGCAUGCAGAGACACCGCGUGGCAAGCAAAAGACUGUCGCCAACAAUGCAACAAGUCCUGGUCAGCAGAUGAAUAGAACGCAAGGGAUAAAUGUCGCUCCUAGCGGCAGCAAGAAGUGGUCGACGCAUCAGUCGAUGAUUUCGCUAGUCAAUCCGCCGCCGCCCAGCACUGAGGUGCUCAAGCUUCCCAACAACACGUUUCUGCGUCCCGUCUCGUUGCCCACAACAGUGCCGUCGCCCAGCAACAACAAUAUUGUAUCGCCCGUUACACUCAUAACGCCUUCAAACUCAUCACAAAUUGGCAACAACCUCAUGCCUGGGCAACGCAACAAUUUGAAUUACGCGUCCAAGCAGACGCAGCCAAUUCCUGUGCAGCGUUACAAUAUACCUUUACCCAUCACUGUAAGCAAUGCUGGCUCAUUCGGUCUAAUAUCGGAGCAGCAUCAUAAGCAGGUUCCAAAGCCAACAGGUCGCAACUCGACAAAGAACAACAAUCGUAUGCGCAACAUUCAGCCCAACAGUCAGCUAAGCAACAACAGCAACAACAAUAAUGCACAGACCAUGCGUCACAAUCAAAUUAAUCACGUUUUUCCACAAUGAAGGACUCCUUGUGACGGAAAUUGUAAAUUAGUAUGAAAGGCAAACUAAAAACUAAAUUAAGCGCAUAUGUAGCUUGUAAACGUAAUUUAUGUCAAACCAUAAGAUGGACUUAUGACUAUACCUAUUUUUAGCAUAUUUAAGCUUUUGCUAAGAAACUCAUUUCAACCAUUUGUACAUUCAUUCAGUGUAUCAAACUCAUCAACAUACUUAUGUACGUGUAGAUAAGGAGUAGCUCUAAGCAGUAACAAUGAAGGAUGAAGACCUAAUUUCAACGAUCAGCAACACAAUAAUAAAAUGUAACUUUUAAAAA